AUGUCACGCAGUGUGACUCACGCUUGUGAUUGUGAAAGUAAAACCAGAAAAAAGGCCAAUAAAACUGAAGGACAACGAAAUAAUAUAGAGGAUCACCAAGAAAAUAAUGUAAUAAUCCACCAAGAAAAUAAUGUGGAAGAACAAAAUCGUAGACCAUGUUCUGAACAAUUACCUUCUGCAUCCAUCGAAGCUGAAUUACUUCCUGAAUCUGAUCAAAAACUUCUGUAA